GCAGGCAGAAGGACCAUGCAGACGACACAUUUCCACCUUCAGUCCAUUCCUCUUACCCUUUCUGUCCUAGUUAGGUUCUUUUCCUCUCGAGUUCAGACCUGUAAGAGUGUGCAGAGGAAGAUGAAGCUAAAACUCCUCUCUCUGUUUACUCUUGUGCUCUUCACCUUGACUGAAUGGCCGAACCUGAUCGAAGGAGCUGCAGCACGUAACUGCACAGUCAAGCCAGGAAUCUGUCCUCGUCGGAAAUGGGGUUCAGGAAUGUGUGCUGAAUACUGCACUAAAGACAGCGACUGUCCCAACGAGGAGAAAUGCUGCCAUAACGGCUGUGGCCACGAGUGCAUCACUCCUUAUACAGUGAAGCUUGGUCGAUGCCCCAUACCCAAGGGGACCCCGAUGUGUGCGGAGUAUUGCUAUCAUGAUGGUGAGUGUCCUGGAGUGCAGAAGUGCUGCAGGACCACGUGUGGCCAUGCCUGCAGUGAACCUUGCUAAUUAGAUCUGGUACAUGGACAGACAUUUAGACUUCUGGGAGAUCUACCUUUCUCAUCUAAGUGCAGCUGCAACAUCCCCCACCCCCCAAAAAAACCCUUCUUGUUAAGUUAGUAAAGUCCCUCUGAAAAAGCCUUGACUGGUUUAAACUGACUAAACUUUGUAGGAAGGUAUAUCUCCUGGAAGUGGGUUAAUCCAUGGGAGUAGAUUUGUAUAUCACUGCUCAUAGUUCAGUUAAUGAGAGUGUGGGAGAACAAUAUCCAUUCUGAAUUUUUUGGAAACGUAGCAGGUUGGUGAUCAUUUAACUAUAUUUAUACACCAUUUUUAUUCUGACAGAAAUACAUAUAUCCAUGAAUUCAAUGGAAUAUUUUUUCACCAUUGAUUUUUUUUUUCAUGUUUGUGAUGUCAUUAUUAAAACCCAUUGUGUCUUUUGGUAAA